UUCCGCACGAUCCCCUCACUCUCGUCGUCCCCCCCCCCUCUCCCCCGACGCCGAAGAAUGGACCCCGAAGCCAUCAAGGAGGAGCUGCGCCUCUUCCAGAGCACGCUGCUCCAGGACGGCCUGAAGGAGCUGCUGAACGAGAACAAGUUGGUGGACUGCACGCUGAAGGUGGGCGACCGCAGCCUCCCCUGCCACCGGCUGAUCAUGGCCGCCUGCAGCCCUUACUUCCGGGAGGUCUUCUUCACCGAGGACGGCAAGGAGGCGGAGAACGCCAGGGAGGUGGUCGUCGAGGACGUCAACCCCGCCACCCUCGACAUGGUCGUGCGCUACCUGUACUCGGCCGAGAUCGACCUGACCGACGACAACGUGCGGGACAUACUCGCCGUGGCCAACCGCUUCCAGAUCCCCUCCGUGUUCACCGUGUGCGUCAACUACCUGCAGAAGAGAAUGUCCCCGGGGAACUGCCUGGCCCUCUUCCGCAUGGGCCUGGCGCUCGGCUGCGCGCGGCUGGCGGCGGCCGCGCGCGACUACAUCGCCGACCGCUUCGAGCUGCUCCGCGGAGAGGAGGAGUUCCUCCAGCUCGCCGCGCACGAGCUGCUCGCCAUCAUCGGCGGGGACUCGCUGAACGUGGAGCGGGAAGAGCUGGUGUUCGAGGCGCUCAUGGCCUGGGUCCGCCACGACGCGGGGGGGCGCGCCAAGGCGCUGGCGGACGCCUUCGACUGCGUGCGCUUCCGCCUGCUGCCGGAGAGCUACUUCCGCGACAAGGUGGAGACCGACGAGCUCAUCAAGGCCGACGCCGGGCUGCGGGACAAGCUGCGGGCGAUCCGAGACGCCUUCGAGGGCAAGCUGCCGGAGGGGGAGAAGGGGGAGGCCGGCGGCGCGUCGGCUUCCGGUUUCCUCAACGACACCCGCCGACACGGCAUGUACGCGCGCGACCUCGUGCUGAUGAUCAACGACGCGGCGGCGGUGGCGUACGACGUCGCCGAGAACGAGUGCUUCGUGGCGGCCGUGUCGGCGCGGGUGCCGCGCAACCACGUCAGCGUGGUGGCACGGAAGAACCGGCUCUACGUCAUCGGCGGGCUGUUCGUGGACGAGGACAACAAGGACCUGCCUCUGCAGUGCUACGUCUAUACAGUACGCACGUGUAUGAAGUUCAAGACCCAGAGACAUAAGAGACUGGUGGAAACCUAG